AUGAAGGCUGUUGGUGGAGUAGAAUGUAACGACUUGCAUGUAUUGCGAUGUGAAGGGGGAGGAAAGGAUGAAAGAGUUCCAUCGCUGUCGAUUGUUGCGAGGGAUGAGAACAGUCAAAAUCGGAAUGAUGGCCUGUUGAAGCAAAAUCUUCCAAUGCCAAAGUUUUUCCGAAGCGUAAAAACGAAAACGAAAUUGUAUUUGUUUGACAAACCAGUGGAAGAGAUAACUGAGGGGAGUGACGACCAUGCAGCCGGUCCUUCAAUAAACAUGACCGAGCAGCAUUCUCCCACUAGUGAAGCUAUUGUUUAUAAGUGGAAGGUGAAAAGACGUUGCGAUGGCUCCAGAUAUGUAGUGAAACGACCAGCUCGUAGUCAAAUCUUGAAAAAGCGUGCUGCACAGCUUGUGCGAGAGCGAACCGGCAUCAGCACUGAUGACGAUGCGAUGAGCGAGCUUAAGCUAGGCCAUUUCCACACUCGAGAAGAGCGAAAGAAGCAUCUAGAAGAAGAGCGUAAGAGGAAGAUUAGAAAUCAACAAAAACUAAUCGAAUCCAAGAUCUCACCAUCCGAUCAGGUACGCACUCAGUGCUUCCAUAAAUUUUCACUUGUCAGUUGUUUCAAGCUAAUGAGCCCAUACUCAGAUUUAGCAGAAUAG